AAGUAUUAGCAAAUGUCCUUAAUAAAAUAAUUACGACUCCAACUCUAUUAUCUACUAAAGCAUUUCAAGUUUUGAUUAAAGAUUUUGAUUCUGAAAUUGAUGAUUAUAAAGACUUACAAAAUAAUAUAUCCAAAGAUAAUAAUAAUAUAUCUGUGCAG